AUGCAACUAACGAUGAAUGAUUUUUCUGUGCAUCGAAUAAUUGGUCGUGGCGGUUUUGGUGAAGUUUACGGAUGUCGAAAAGCGGAUACAGGCAAAAUGUAUGCAAUGAAAUGUUUGGAUAAAAAAAGAAUAAAAUUAAAACAAGGCGAAACCCUCGCACUUAAUGAACGUAUUAUGUUGAGUCUUGUUAGUAAUGGACAGGACUGUCCGUUCAUUGUUUGUAUGACAUAUGCUUUUCAAUCGCCUGAUAAAUUGUGCUUUAUUUUGGAUUUAAUGAAUGGAGGCGAUUUACAUUAUCACCUUAGUCAACAUGGCGUUUUUUCAGAAAGUGAAAUGAUUUUUUAUGCAUCUGAAGUUAUUCUUGGCCUUGAACAUAUGCAUAAUAGAUUCAUCGUAUAUCGUGAUUUGAAACCAGCAAAUAUUUUAUUAGAUGAGAAUGGCCAUAUAAGAAUAUCCGAUCUUGGUCUAGCUUGUGAUUUUUCGAAAAAAAAACCUCACGCUAGUGUAGGCACACACGGGUAUAUGGCUCCAGAGGUGCUUGCCAAAGGAAUCGCUUAUGAUUCAUCUGCAGAUUGGUUUUCAUUUGGUUGCAUGUUAUAUAAAUUAUUAAAAGGUCAUAGUCCUUUUCGACAACUUAAAACUAAGUUGAUUUAUAUCAAGAAUAGUGGCAUAAGUGGAUGGAAUAGCGCGGGGCUACCGCUUGAAGUUAAAGAACAUCCGUUUUUUACAAAUAUAGACUGGCAAACAAUAUAUUUGAGACGAAUGCCACCACCAUUAAUUCCGCCACGUGGUGAGGUGAAUGCUGCGGAUGCAUUCGAUAUAGGCAAUUUUGAUGACGACGAAGUGAAAAAUGUUAAGUUAACUGAAGCAGAUAAUGAAUUAUAUAAGAAUUUUAAUAUAAUUAUAUCGGAACGAUGGCAAAAUGAAAUAGCAGAUACAAUUUUCGAAGUUGUGAAUCAAGAUGCAGACAAAGCUGAAAAUAAACGACGUGCAAAGCAUAAGGCAAAAUUAAAUAUCGAUGAAAAAGAUUCUGAUGUUAUCGUACAUGGCUAUAUCAAGAAGUUAGGUGGUCCAUUUACAUCCGCAUGGCAAACGCGAUAUGGAAAGCUGUACCCAAGUCGUUUAGAACUGCAUCCUGAGUCAUUUAAUGGUAAACCUGAGUUGGUAUUCAUGGAUCAAAUCGAAGAUGUCGCCACUGAAUUACAUUCCGUUAAAGGCGAAAAUUCGAUAGUACUAAAAUUAAAAGAAGGUCUAAAGGAAACUAAAGUGAUACUCACGAACCAAGAUGAAAUAUCGCUUCGAGAAUGGCACACAUCGUUACGUACAGCUCAUCGAGUUUCAUCGGAAUUAUUGCAACGUAUGGGUCGCAAAGCAAUUAAAAUUUAUGGCGUUAAUCAUGAUCCAAUGUUAGCUGAAAAUGAACGACUCGUAACGCUUAAGGGCCAAUUUCAUAAUCGUACUUCAUCAGUUGAUUCAGCAAUUUAA